ACUACGCUGAACAAACGUGGCAAAAACUGGCCAACUGAACUGACGAUAGAUUUGGAAUACCGUUGAUUAUCAAAUAUUUAUUUAUUUUACUUCUCCCACACUGCUUAUUUUUUACAUAAUAAUUAUUUUUUGUUUAAUUUCGGCCAAGCGUAAUGUCCACGUACCAAGAAUUCAUUCAGCAGAAUGAGGACCGCGAUGGUAUACGUUUCAGUUGGAAUGUUUGGCCGUCCAGUCGUCUGGAAGCCACGCGUUUGGUCGUACCCUUGGGUUGUUUGUACACCCCGCUGAAAGAAAGACCUGAUCUACCUCCAAUCCAAUACGAUCCAGUUCUUUGUACCAGAGCUAUAUGCAGAGCUGUGCUCAAUCCAUUUUGUCAAGUUGACUACAGAGCCAAAGUUUGGACCUGCAAUUUUUGUUUCCAGAGAAACUCUUUUCCUCCUCAAUAUUCAGCCAUCUCUGAACAACACCAGCCUGCUGAAUUAGUUCCUCAUUUCUCAACAUUGGAAUACACACUUACUAGAGUGCAAUGUCAUCCUCCAAUCUUCCUUAUUGUCCUGGACACUUGCAUGGAAGAUGAAGAUCUCCAGGCUGUUAAGGAAUCAUUGCAAAUGUCCCUGAGCUUGCUGCCUCCAAAUGCAUUAGUUGGACUGAUAACUUUUGGGAAAAUGGUACAGAUACAUGAACUAGGUUGUGAAGGGUACUCAAAAAGUUAUGUUUUCAAAGGAACUAAGGACUUCACUGCUAAACAAGUUCAGGAGUUGUUAGGGAUUGGCAAGGGUCACAUGGGACCACAUGCUCACCGACCUAGCAACCCCCAGCAGGGCCAACAACAGUUACCUUACAGCAGAUUUCUUCAGCCGCUGCACAAAUGUGACAUGGCAUUGACCGACCUGCUGGGUGAAUUGCAAAGAGAUCCAUGGCCAGUAGCUCAGGGUAAACGACCUCUGAGAUCAACUGGUGUAGCAGCUUCGAUUGCCGUUGGUCUACUGGAGUGCACGUAUCCAAACACUGGCGCCCGCAUAAUGAUAUUCAUGGGAGGUGCUUGUACCCAGGGACCAGGUCAGGUGUUGGGUGAUGAGUUGAAGUAUCCAAUCAGGUCUCAUCACGACAUAGAAAAGGACAACUGCAAAUACAUGAAGAAGGCAAUGAAGCAUUAUGAGUCUCUGGCACACAGAGCCUGCAACAAUGGGCAUGUUGUGGAUAUCUAUGCAUGUGCAUUGGACCAAACUGGUCUGCUUGAGAUGAAGUACCUGCCCACACUCACUGGGGGUCACAUGGUCAUGGGAGAUUCAUUCAACACAUCAUUAUUCAAGCAAACUUUCCAAAGAGUGUUCGCCAAGGAUAGCAAAAAUGAGUUCAAAAUGGCAUUUGCUGCUAAUAUUGAAGUCAAGACCUCUAAGGAGUUGAAAGUGCAAGGCUGCAUUGGAUCAUGCACGUCCAUGAGCAACAAGACAGGGACGAACAUAUCCGAGACUGAAGUGGGUGUCGGUGGCACCUGUCAGUGGAGGAUGUGUGGACUCUAUCCAAACACAACUUAUGCUUUCUUCUUUGAAGUGGCCAACCAGCACAACGCACCAAUACCACAAGGUGGCAGGGGCUACAUUCAAUUCAUCACGCAGUAUCAGCAUUCAAGUGGACAGAGAAGAAUUAGAGUGACAACAUUAGCCAGAAACUGGUUCGAUGCAGCGGUGAACAUUCAGAACAUAGCAGCAGGAUUUGACCAAGAUGCUGCUGCUGUCCUGAUGGCUAGGAUUGCUGCAUUCAGAGCUGAGACAGAUGAGGGGCCAGAUGUUUUGCGCUGGCUUGAUAGGAUGCUCAUCAGACUUUGUCAGAAAUUUGGCGAAUUCAACAAAGAUGAUCCCAAUUCAUUUGUGCUGAGUCAGCAGUUUACAUUGUACCCACAGUUCAUGUUCCACCUCAGAAGGUCUCAGUUCCUGCAAGUCUUCAACAACAGUCCCGACGAAACAACCUACUACAGACACAUGUUGAUGGUGGAGGAUAUACAGCAGAACCUUAUCAUGAUCCAACCAAUCAUCUACGCGUACAGCUUCAAUGGUCCACCUGAGCCAGUCUUGUUGGACACCAGCAGCAUACUGCCUGACAGGAUCCUUCUGAUGGACACCUUCUUCCAGAUACUCAUCUACCACGGAGAGACGAUAGCUCAGUGGAGGAAGGCUGGCUACCAGGACCUACCGGAGUACCAGAACUUCAAACAACUCCUACAAGCACCGGUUGAUGAUGCACAGGAUAUCUUGCAGACCAGAUUCCCCAUGCCAAGAUACAUCGACACAGAAUCUGGAGGCUCGCAGGCACGCUUCUUGUUGUCACGAGUUAAUCCCUCUCAGACGCACAACAACAUGUACUCCUAUGGACAGGAGGGAGGUGGCCACGUUUUAACAGAUGAUGUCAGCUUGCAGGUCUUUAUGGAACAUUUGAAGAAACUUGCAGUCUCAAGCAAUUCUUAAAUAUUUCAUAUUUUUUCUACAAUUUUCAGUUGCAUAAAACUAAAAAAAAUUAUAUCAGUCAGAUAUUUUUCAAUUUUUGGAAAUAGGAAAGCAGGAUGAUUUUUGUCAUGGCGUAAUUGUAAUUGUACUUUAAUUGCAUUUUAGUUUUUCGAUGUACAUUCGUUAUUCGUAUGUUACUAUUUUCUUGUAUUUUAUAAAAUAAAGUAAUAAUAUCUCGUAA